UUGGUGGGUCGGGUGGGGGAUGGAAAAAGCGUAAGCGUAUCAACGGCGUUAUUUUGUCAACAAUAAUCGUAAAAUAAUUGGCGAGUGGUGAUUGAAAAUGGUUUUAUCGUGUUGAUAGGCUCAUGAAAAAAUGCAGUGAUAGUUGCCGCAAUGUGGUUGCGAAGUGAGCAUGUGGGAAGACGUCUCCGUGGUCGCAUCACCUCAAUCUCAAAGCUCCCUCGUCUGCAGACCCCAGGAGUCCGAAAAGUCGCAGCAACUACAUCGAGUCGUUGCAACCGUCUCUCACGUUGGCGUCGUCGUCCCCCGUCCCUGCUGAAGGAAGCCUGCAAGGAAAAUGUUCUCCACUUCUCGAAAGCUCCUCCGACACGUCGAGGUCCGCGCCUCCGGAAGCCGAUAAAACGCUCGAUGGUAACGUCGACACCAGCCCGUCGUCCCCAGGAGCCCAAGGAUCCCCCCAAGAACUCGGAAGAAUCCAAAGAAAACUGGACCCUCUUCCCCAAUCAGAACGAGCCAAAUGUCCCAAAAAUUCCAUCCCCUGAGCCCCAGAACUCGUCCAAACAAAUCACCGAUCUGAUCACUCAGGACCUAUCAACUCUCCUCCAAGAGGACUCCAUCGAGGACACUGAAAAUUCUCCCCAGAACUCUGUUCUAGCAGUGGUCGAUAUUCUCUCCCUCCAUUACUCGACAAUCUGCACAACUGAACAGACAGACAGCGACUACUACAACAACUUCAUGUCAUGCAGCUCUUCCUCAACCAGCCAAAAGUACUACGACAACAAGUCAAACAAUCUGACAUCGACACUCGAGUUGGAAAAUUCCGAUGACAAUGGCAAUUUGGAGGAUAAAUACCAGGAAUAUCAGGAAUUGGAGUAUCAGGAAAUCAAGUACAUGGACGUGGGCUCAGAGGAGAUUGUCGAGUCGUGUGAGAUGGUCACCCAGGUCCAGGACGACUGGCUACCCUUUGAUCCCUAUGUAUUCAUCAAGCAUCUGCCACCGUUGACUCCAGCCAUGAGGGCCAGGUGUCCAGCAUUGCCCCUAAAGACUCGAUCGAGUCCGGAGUUCAGUCUUGUUUUGGAUCUUGAUGAGACUCUUGUUCAUUGCAGCCUUCAGGAGCUUUCGGAUGCUGCCUUCAGAUUUCCUGUUAUCUUUCAGGAUGUCACGUACACUGUCUUCGUGAGGACAAGACCCUUUUUUCGGGAAUUUUUAGAACAUGUUGCUGGACUGUACGAGGUCAUCCUGUUCACUGCUAGCAAGAGGGUUUAUGCCAACAAACUGAUGAAUCUUCUCGAUCCCACGAGGAAACUCAUCAAGUACAGGCUUUUCAGGGAACACUGUGUCUGUGUCAAUGGGAAUUACAUCAAGGAUCUCUCCAUUCUUGGGAGGGAUCUAUCGAAGACUGUUAUCAUUGAUAACAGUCCCCAGGCUUUUGGAUAUCAAUUGGAGAAUGGAAUUCCCAUUGAGAGCUGGUUUGCUGAUAGAAAUGAUAACGAGUUGAUGAAGCUUCUACCAUUUUUAGAGAAUUUAGUACACUGGGGUGGGGAUGUUAGACCGCAUAUUAGGGAACAGUUUCGAUUGUUCAGCUUUCUUCCACCUGAUUAAUUUUUUUAAGGGGGUUGGGUAGUCUCUACAUAUCGGGGUGGAGCACAAAUUUUUGGAGGUUCCUUGGCAUUGAACAUGGGUUCAGGGGGCUGUGUUAAAGUUUUCGUUGGGAAGGGAUGAUUGGGGAAGUCAUCACGCAUAGAAAUUUUGUCGGAUAACCUAAAGAAUUUGAUGGAAAAAUCUAUUGGACGAUACUGUUAUGAAGUUGCUGGGUUUCUCUAUGAGAUUUUUUCGUACGUGUUUAAGAGGUCUUGGCAAGAAAAAAAAUUAUUAAAAUGCGAAAAAAAAUUGGCAAAAGAGUGAUGGAAAAAUCUGAAUGAAGUAAAAACCCAUGAAAUUUACGACGAAAAUCCCUCCUGACACUUUCUCACCUAGAUGAUUUAGCAUUCAAGACAAGAAAAUGUGAAAAAUCAAGUGUUUUUAAUCCACAUUUCACCACUGAAUCGUUAAUUUUAUUAAGAAAUCUCACAGUAAUCCAAAUUUUCCUUUUAUCAAUGGACUAAUAUAAAACAAUUCUUUAGUCAUUGUUUAACACGAAAACCCACCAAAAUCUCAUAUAUGAAAAAGAAGCAAACACCUUUCAACAAGAGCGAGAGAAUGAAACAAAUAAUAUAGUCUCAUUUACGAUACAAAUUUUUCUUCAUAUCUGAGAGACAUGAAGAAACAUUUUUAAAUAAAAUUGAAAAUUCAAUUUAUAUUCCUGAAGAGGGAAACAAAAAUCAUGCAAUAGUAAGUAUAGAAUUGAUAAAUAAAAAAAUCAGUGUAUACUUAGGAAUAAUAAUUGAUAUAAUUGGGCUGAAUUGAACAAAAUUAAUUGAAGAAUCUUGUAGAGGCGUUUUAGACAAAUUUGAGAACGGCUGGCCGACAUCUUCAAGUCCCUAUUUUUUAUUUUUAUUUCUUGCUUCGGACAUAAUUAAUGGAAAAAUCGUUAGAAAUCUUCACGAACAAUAUUUUGUAGAAAUAUUUUUUUAUAGUUUUUUUGUAGACAGGAGGAGUCCAGUGAACUUUGUAUGAUGAUAUUUUCCGUGCAAUUAUUUACACACUGCAGAUUUCAAUUCAUCUCUGCUCCAUUUUCUCUCUUGAUAAUUUUAUUCUUCCGCCACUCAUUAUUAUUUUCCUACUUGGAUUAUAUUUGUCUGAGAUGAAAAUAAAUAAAUGACUUUAAUGCAUAGAUUAAUCAUAAGAAAUAGGUAAACAAAUUGAACCAUAUAGCUGCUUCCCUGGGGACUAAACUGAGAUAAGAAUUAUUGACAUGUUUUUUUUUUUCAAUUAUUUUAUUUAUGUCGCACCGUGCAAUAAGUCGAGUUUAUCGCAC